UUUGUCCAAGCAAGGACAUUCGCAACAAUGUGACCAACCUGCGAACGCUUGAGAAUUGUACUGUGAUCGAAGGCCACCUGAAGAUCUUACUCAUGUUCAGGACCAAACCAGAGGAUUUCCGAGGCAUCAGUUUCCCCAAGCUGAGAGUGGUCACUGACUAUCUGUUGCUCUUCAGAGUUUACGGCAUGGAGAGCCUCAGCAGUCUCUUCCCCAACCUGACAGUCAUCCGAGGCAGUAACUUGUUCUUCAACUACGCUCUGGUGGUGUUCGAGAUGCUCCAGCUGCGAGAGAUCGGCCUCCAUAGCUUGAUGAACAUCACCAGAGGAGCUGUGAGGAUCGAGAAGAACCCAGAUCUCUGCUAUCUCUCUACCCUGGACUGGUCCAAGAUCCUGGACUCGGUGGAGGACAACUACAUCAUAUCCAACAAAAACGACAGAGAAUGUGGCGAUGUCUGCCCGGGGGCGUCCAUCGGAAAGACCACCUGCCAGGCAACAACCAUCAACGGACACUUCAGCGAACGCUGCUGGACACAGAGCCACUGUCAAAAAAUGUGUCCUGCUCACUGCAAACACCGGGCCUGCAAAGACGACCAGUGCUGCCACGAGCAGUGCCUGGGUAGCUGCACCAAGCCCAACUCGGCCAGUCACUGCGUGGCAUGCCGCGGCCUCCAGCAUGAAAGCAUCUGUGUGGAACGCUGCCCAAACGAUUACUUCAUCUACAAGGGCUGGCGCUGCGUUUCCAACGCGUUCUGCCAGGAUCUGCACAACAGGUGCAAGCAGGAGAAGGAGAAGAACAAGAACACUGACUGCCACGACUACGUCAUCCACAACGGUGCCUGUAUCCCAGAGUGCCCCUCAGGCUUCUCCAUAGGCAACUCCUCACUCCACUGUAAACCCUGCGCAGGACCUUGCCCCAAAGUGUGUAGGGGUGUGAAAAUGGUGGACUCUGUCACUGCCGCCCAGGCUUUAAGAGGCUGCACUGUUCUCAAUGGGAGCCUGGUCAUCAACCUGCGGGGAGGAAACAAUAUCGCAGCUGAACUGGAGGCCAGUCUGGGCCAGCUGGAGGAGAUCACUGGCUACCUGACAGUGCGACGGUCCUACGCCCUUGUGUCCCUCUCAUUUUUCCGUAAACUCCGUCUGAUUCGUGGGGAAGAACAGGAAAUCGGGAAUUACUCCUUCUAUGCCUUGGACAACCAGAACCUGCGGCAGCUCUGGGACUGGUCCAAGCACAAGCUAACAAUCCUGCAGGGGCGCAUUUUUUUCCACUACAACUCCAAACUCUGCAUGUCAGAGAUCCACCAGAUGGAGAACGUGACGGGAACCAAAGGGCGCCAAAGUGCGAGCGACAUCGCGAUCAAGACCAAUGGAGACCAGGCCUCAUGUGAGAACUCUCAGCUGAAGUUCACCCAGAUUCGAACAAUGAGCGAUAAGAUUAUGAUCAAGUGGGAACCCUUCUGGCCUCCUGACUUCAGAGAUCUGCUGGGCUUCAUGGUGCUCUACAAAGAAGCACCUUUCCAGAACGUAACUGAGUUUGGUGGGCAAGACGCCUGUGGCUCCAACAGCUGGGUGAUUGCUGACGUCGACCCUCCACGUCGAGCCUCGGAUGGAGAUAGAGAGCAGAUUGAACCGGGUCACCUCAUCAUGCCUCUGAAGCCCUGGACGCAGUACGCCAUAAUGGUGAAAACCCAACUCUCGGCAUCUGAUGAUCACCAAGUCCUCGGAGCCAAAAGCGAAAUCAUCUACGUUCGCACCAACGCCACCAAACCCUCAGUCCCAUUGGACCCCAUCUCCUCCUCCAAUUCCUCAUCUCAGAUCAUCUUGAAGUGGAAACCUCCCAACGACCCCAAUGGAAACGUCACUCACUACCUGGUUUUCUACCAGCAGCAGCCUGAAGCCAGUGAGCUGUACAAGUUUGAUUACUGCCAGAAGGGGAUGAAGUUACCAUCGCGGGAGCCCACUCAGGUGGAUGGUGAUGAGGAGCAGAAGUGGAACCAGACUGAGGAGCAGGGCCAUGCGACGAGAUGCUGCGCCUGCCCGAAAACUGACAAGGAGCUCAAGAAGGAGAAAGAGGACUCAGAGUACCGGAAGACCUUUGAGAAUUACCUUCACAAUGAAGUCUUUGAGAUCAAACGCUCCAGGCAGAAGCGCUCCGUGAUGGGCAUCGCCAACAGAACACACCCCUUCCUCACCACCACCCCCAGUCUACUCGGGGGCACGGGCAUCCCUGAUGGUGAGGACGGGGAAAACGUAGAAAGCAAAAAGAUGGUCUUCGUCCACGCCAAGGAGUCCACAGUCAUCUCCAACCUGCGCCACUUCACCAGCUACCAGAUCGAGAUCCAUGCCUGCAACCACCCGACGGACCAGACCCGCUGCAGCAUGGCGGCGUAUGUCAGCGCCCGCACGAUGCCCGAGGAUAAAGCCGAUGAUAUUAGAGGGCCCAUCACUCAUGAUGUGUCAGAAAGUACGGUGCACAUAAGUUGGCAAGAACCUGCAGCCCCUAAUGGCAUCAUCAUCCUGUAUGAAGUGUACUACAAGAGACUGGGAGACUCUGAGGAACUGCACUACUGUGUGUCAAGGAACAUGUACAGAAUGAAUCGAGGCUGCAAACUGAAAGUGAUGCAUCCUGGGAACUACUCUGUGAGGAUUCGGGCCACCUCUCUGGCUGGGAACGGAUCACUAACUGAGCCCACAUACUUCUAUGUUCAAGAUCCAAGCGAUCCGUUCUACAUUGUGAAGAUCAUCAUCGCUCCGCUCAUCUGCUUUGUCCUGUUCCUGUCUUUGUCCGUCGUAGGAUUUGUCCUGUUCAAGAAGAAUCAAACCCAAGGGCCUAGCGGUCCCAUUUACGCCUCUUCAAACCCAGAGUAUCUCAGCACUAAUGACGUGUAUGAGGAGGACGAGUGGGAGGUGCCCCGAGACAAGAUCAACAUCCUGAGAGAACUGGGACAGGGCUCCUUUGGCAUGGUCUACGAAGGCAUCGCUAAGGACAUCAUAAAGGGCGAGGGGGAGACGCGGGUUGCGGUUAAGACGGUGAACGAGUCGGCCAGCCUCAGGGAGAGAAUCGAGUUCCUGAACGAAGCCUCGGUCAUGAAGGCCUUCAGCUGCCAUCAUGUGGUGCGACUGCUGGGCGUUGUGUCGAAGGGCCAGCCAACAUUAGUGGUGAUGGAGUUAAUGACCCACGGAGACCUGAAGAGCUACCUGCGCUCCCUGCGACCUGACGCUGAGAAUAACCCUGGACGUCCUCCGCCCACCCUGAAGGAGAUGGUCCAAAUGGCCGCAGAGAUUGCAGACGGCAUUGCCUACCUCAACGCCAAGAAGUUCGUGCACAGAGACCUGGCAGCCAGAAACUGUAUGGUCGCUCACGACCUGACUGUCAAAAUCGGAGACUUCGGCAUGACCAGAGACAUUUACGAGACGGACUACUACAGGAAGGGAGGGAAGGGCCUGCUGCCCGUCAGGUGGAUGGCUCCUGAGUCUCUGAAGGACGGGGUCUUCACUGCACAUUCAGACUGCUGGUCGUUUGGGGUGGUGCUGUGGGAGAUCAGCACGCUGGCUGAGCAGCCGUACCAGGGCCUGUCCAACGAGCAGGUCCUCAAGUUCGUCAUGGACGGAGGCUUCCUGGACCGGCCUGACAACUGCGCUGACAGACUACACAACCUGAUGCAGAUGUGCUGGCAGUACAACCCCAAGAUGCGCCCCAACUUCCAGGAGAUCAUCGAGAUGCUGAAGGAGGACCUGCACCCCACCUUCCGCGAGGUCUCCUUCUUCUACAGCGAGGAGAACAAGCCCCCGGAGAGCGAGGACUUCGACCUGGACAUGGAGAACAUGGAGAGCAUCCCCCUGGACCCCUCGUCGUACUCGCACAACGAGCAUUGCUCGGAGAGGGGCGAGCGCUCCUCCGUGGGGCUGAGGGGCAGCUACGAGGAGCACCACAUCCCGUUCACGCACAUGAACGGGGGCAAGACCAACGGACGGAUACUGGCUCUGCCGCGGUCCAGCCCCUCCUAACAAACACAACACACCCAGCAACAGAUUUUCUAUUUUUCUCGUUUUGUUCUCGUUUUUUAGAAAUCACUUUUAUCACUUUGUCCUCAGACGCCCCUCAAUGCAAAACUCAGGACCUUAUUUUUCUCUCCAGAUGCCACAAACACACUACAGCAAGUCCACGCACAGCGGACGCCUCGAGACACUUUUUGUAUUUAAGGACAAAUCUCCUGCGUCUCUUAUCGUUGAUUGUACUUUAUAUACUGUAAAUACCAAUAUAUAUAUAUAAAUCUAUAUAUAUAUAUAUUGCCAAGUUUGUGCUUGACUGGGUGGAUAUGGAUUCAACUGUGAAACAAACUCUUGAUAAACAAGAAGGCUGCUACCCCCAACACCCCCCACCCCCUUGGAGCCCAGGUCUUGUCCGUUCCUCGCCUCCCACAAUGAAAAGUGCCCUUGGAUUGUCUGUGGCCUGCAGCAGUUGUCAUGGAACUGUGUCUGAGUAUUUGUACACAACCGGAUGACAAACUGUAAACAGACAAAAAGACUUCCUCUCUGUCGUACGGUGAAAGAGGAUCCAUCCUCGAACAAACUUUAAUCCACUGGAGAAGCUGGUUGAAGUGGCUUACCUCCUCACACUCUGCAGUAUUCCAAAAUGGCACACAGGAUAAACACUUUUUGAUGGGUUCUGUUUUUUUAAUUUAUUUACCAGUUUCUUCUUUUCCUUUCUUUUUGUUUUCCCCACAUUUACAGCUGAAGGAUAUUGAAACUGUUUACAGAGAUGUGUUGGCAGUUCGUCAGAUUUACCAAUAGCUGCUUUGUUGGUAUAUUUUAGUGGAUAUAGAAGUUAAGAAAUAUAUAUAUAUAAAUAUUAUAUUGAUGUUUUUGUACAUAGUUGAUGCAUCGUCAUUCUUGAGGUAUUUUCAGUUAGAUGUUUGUACAUGUUAGUCUCUUCUGUUUUUUUCCUAAUCCAGAAAGAAUAUACUAAAUAGCUUUUUUGGGGACUCAUGAUCAACCAACAGCUCUUGGUCUUUUUACAGUUCGAUGCCCGUGAGGAAGAGGAGGAGUGUUUGGCAUCUUCAGCUUAAAGUGUCUGCCCAUCAUACCAAGAUCAAAUAAAGUAGUGCUGUAAAUAAUGCAGCGAGGUGCAUUUGCGAUAAGAUUUGUCUUCAUUACGUGCUUUUAUUUUUUUUAUUGUGUAAAUAUCAAACG